AUGCUCGCGGCCCCCGCGCGCGUGAGCCACCCAUCCAAACCCAGUCUACCCCCCCUCCCGGCCGCUGGGGCGCCGGGAUCAUGGCCAGGAUUCCGUCGCGAGCGGACGUGA